UCGAGUGCGUCGUCGAGUUUAUGAACCUCGGCGAUUUGAGAUCCUUCCUCGUCAACCAGUCGCCGGCGCAGUUUAGCUGGGAACAAAAGUACCAGUGUAUCCUCAGUAUCAUCGAUGGCCUCGUUUACCUCCACACGUACAGCCCACCGAUCAUCCACCGCGAUCUCAAGUCCCGCAACGUCCUUCUUGACUCGGUCAAGGGCACCAAGCUCACCGACUUUGGCGAGUCCCGCGCCGCCGAGGCCAAUGACACGAUGACCAACGGCAUCGGUACGCAUCUCUGGAUGGCGCCGGAAGUCAUCUCGGGCACAAACUACGGUGCACCCGCCGACAUGCACUCGUUUGGCGUCAUCCUCUCUGAGUUUGCGACGCACCAAGUGCCGUACGCCGACCUGCGCCACCCGGACACGGGCCUUCCUGUGAACCAACUCUACGUGAUGAACCACGUCCGCGAAGGCACGCUGCACCCGACCUUUGACGUGUCUCUCCCUCAAUGA